AUGGCCACAACAAUGAACGUAUUCCCUACCAAAUGGUCCUCCGAAUUGGAUAUAGAAGAGUAUAGCAUCAUCCACCAAUACCACAUGGACUCACUCGUUGGAGAUUUUCCACAGCAUCUCUCAUCUCUUGAUGGUACUACCGCUUGUUUCAACUUUGAUGCUUCUUGUAAUGAUGACUUGCUCGAAGAGAAUCCUUCAAAGAUCCUCAAGACCAUUCACAUAUCACCAAAGUUACAUCCUUUUUCAUCUUCCAGUCCUCCUCCUCCAAAGCAUCAACCAUCUUCUGGGAUUCUCUCUUUCGGAAAGAAGGGUUUAAAAGUUAUGAAAUACAACUCUCCAAACAUAAUAUUUAGCACCAAGGAAGAAGUUGGAUCACCAGAGCUGCUAACAAGAGGGACGAAGAGGGCUCAACCCUUGACUCGAAGCCAAUCAAAUGCCCAAGAUCACAUCAUCGCCGAGAGAAAACGUAGAGAGAAGCUUACUCAGAGAUUUGUAGCUCUUUCCGCCCUAGUUCCUGGCCUAAAGAAGAUGGACAAAGCUUCUGUGUUAGGAGAUGCAGUCAAGCAUAUAAAGUACCUUGAAGAGAGUGUGAAAGACUAUGAAGAACAAAAGAAAGAAAGAACAAUGGAAUCAAUGGUUCUUGUGAAGAAGUCUCAGCUUGUUUUGGAUGAUAAUAAUCAAUCAUUAGUAUUUUCCUCGGAUGGAAAUCAGGACUACGCGGGCUCAAAUCUUCCAGAGAUCGAAGUUAGGGUUUCGGGAAAAGAUUUUCUUAUUAAGAUCCUAUGCGAGAAGCAAAAGGGUCAUGUAAUCAAGAUUAUGGGUGAUAUUGAGAAGCUUGGUUUGUCUAUCACCAAUAGCAGCGUCUUGCCCUUUGGACCCACUUUUGACAUCUCUAUUAUUGCUCAGAAGAAGAGCGACUUUGUUAUGAAAGUUGAGGAUGUUGUGAAAAGCUUGAGUUGUGGUUUAUCAUAG